UUCAGCAACAAAUAAACCGGUGAAGGAGCGAGGAGGGGUGACUGGAGCGGCCGGCGGGCGGGGAGGGCCGGCUGCCCGUGGCCGCUGCACGUUGCUCUCGCUAGGCGGACGGACGUCAGGUGCCCGCCGGCCCACAGGCUCCUCCCUCCGGCCCUGCGGUUAGACUGAGCGAGGAUAACUCCUGGUCCCGGCCCUUGCCCCGGCCCAGCCCCGAGCCCGCUGCCAUGUUCCGGCGGAUUCUGCAGAGGACACCUCUUGCUUCUUCAGGAUCUGAACCAGAUACCUCAGUAACAGCAUCACCUGCUGUAGAAGUUAACAAUGAAGGUGGUUCAGAGGGGUUCAUCUGUCCCAUCUGUAUGCAAUCGUAUCUAACGCCAGCUGAGCUGUUUGAGCAUGAUCGGAACGAACACACUGUGGCAGACAGGGUGAAGCAGGAGCAACUUAAUCCAGAGACGGCCAUUAGUGGUUUUAUUUGUCCAUUGUGUAUGAAGUCCCAUGCUUCAGCUGAGGAUCUCUUCAAACACUAUGAGGUGUUUCACGAUCCGGGGAAUGACUCUGGCCCCAGGAAGGAACAAACAAAUUUGCAGAGAGAUGAUAUUAACCUCCAUCAGCAAGAGCUACAAGACCUCAAGGCCUCCUUAAAGGAAGAGCGCUGGUUCUCGGAGGAGCUGAAGAAGGAACUGGACAAAGUGCAAGGACAGCUGAAGCAAGCAUCUCAGUCUGGUGGAGCAACGUCCCCUAUUCCCCAAGAGAUUUCACAUCUGCAGAGCCAAUUAGAAGACUCCCAGCUAGAAAACAAGAAGGUCACACAGAUGAAAGACUUGCUCGAGCAGAAAGCUGCCACGUUAGCAGCAGAAUUAGUUGAUGUAAAAGCGAAAUUUGAUGAUGAGAGAAGCCACAGGGAUCUUGCAGAAAUGAAUCUGAAAUCUUUAACAGAAGAGCUGGAAAAGGAGAGGGCUAUGGUUGAAGAGCUCCGCAGUGAACUGCUUCAGAGGCCUGGAAUGGAGGAUGUGCUGGUGCUGAAGAAGGAGCUGGUACAAGUUCAGACGCUGAUGGAUCAGAUGAGCCAGGAGCAGGAGAAGCGGUCUGAUAAACUGAAAGAUGAAAACGAGCGGCUGAAAGUGGAGGUUCGGGCAUCGGAGGUCUCCGUGGGGGAGCUGAAGGCAGAACUUGCCAGAGUUGUUCGGGAAAACUCGAGCCGUUGUGAGGAGGUUCAGAGGAUCCAGGAGGAAUGUGUCACAGUGAAGCAGCAGAACCAGAGACUCUCUGAAAGUCUAUCCAAGAAAGAAAUUGGAUUUCAGGAGCUUCAUGAUCGUCUGAAUGAGGAGGUGUUGAGUAAGAAGAGUUUGCAGACUCUUCUACAGGAGAAGGAACUGGAUUGCAAGCAGCUGCAGACGAAGCUGUCGUCCGCCGAGGCCUUGAUGCAGAGAGUGCACACCGAGCUGGGUCAGAGUGGCGAGUCUAGCCAGAGGCUGAAGGCUGAGCUGUCCGAGAUGGAAACCAAGUAUCAUCAGCUUCGGGCUGAGUUCAAGCAGACGCAGCAGCAGAGAGAGGAGAGGGAGCAGCUGAGUGCCCAGCUGCAGAGCGAGGUCAAUCAGCUCCACGCAAAGCUUCUGGAGACCGAGCGGCAGCUUGGAGAGGUGCAGGGCCGGUUGAAAGAACAGAGGCAGCUGUCCGCUGAGAAGAUGAAGGAUAAGGAACAGCAAGUGGCUGACCUACAGCUCAAACUCUCUCGCAGUGAGGAACAGGUGAAGGGAGGUGCAGCCUCCCUGGUGGAAGUACAGCACCAGCUGGAUAAACUGAAGCAGCAGCACCAGGAGCUGCAGACCGGCCAGCAGAACACCACCUCCCAGCUACGGGAAACACAGAGUGAUUUGGAGCAAGUGCUGCGGCAGAUCGGGGACAAAGACCAGAAGAUUCAGAACCUGGAGGCCCUGUUGCAGAAGAGUAAGGAGAGCAUUGCACAUCUCGAAACCGAGCGGGAGGACCUUUUUGUUAAGAUUCAAGAUGGCAAAGGUGAAGUGGCUGUCUUGAAUCAACUGCAAGAGAAGAACCAUGCGUUGCAAGAUCAGGUGACUCAGUUAACGGAGAAACUGAAAAACCAAACAGAGAGCCAUAACCAAGCACAGGAGAACUUGCACAAGCAAAUGCAAGAGCAGAAAUCCCAUCUACAUGCAGCUGAAGACCGAGCUCGAUCCCUCGAGUCUACCAUUAGCGAACUUACCGGUCAGCUCAGUGAGACCAAGGAGAAGAUGGUUCAACUUGACUUGCAGGUGAAGGGGAAAACAGAGCUGCUGCUGUCUGCUGAAGCAUCCAAAAAUGCCCAGCGAGCUGACUUGGAAAACCACCUGGAGACUGCCAAGCAGGCACUUCAGGAUAAAGAGCAGGAGCUGACCAAAGUCAAGGCUCAGCUGGACCAACUGACAUCAAAACUUAAUGAGAAAACAGAGUACUGCAGCCAACUUGACACCAACCUGAGAGAAUACAAGGAGAAGCAGCUCCAUUCUGAGCAGAAAAUCGAGCAGCUGGAAUCUCAAAUUAAGAAGCUGGAGUGUGACGUGGCGAAGGCAGAGCAAAAUGAGAAGCGAGUCCAGGGAGACCUGCAGCUGCUCCACAAACAGCACGCUGCUCAGGAAAGCCAGAUCAAGGAGCUGAACCUGCAGCUCGAGGCAGAGGCGAAAUCCCUUCGUGGCACAAAGCAGGAACUGGAGGAGAAAUCGGAGGCCCUCAGUGAGAUUCGGAAGCAAGUGCAGGAGUGUGAGAGUAAGAAGGAGCAGCUAGCAGAAGAACUGAAGCACAAGACAGAGAGUGAGAGCAGGAUGCAGGGGCAGCUGGCGGCACUCGGACUGGAGAAGGAAUCGUUAUCCAAGGAGCUGACGGACACCAAGGAAAGUCUUUGCAGGGCUCUCGAGGAAGCACGGGCAGAGUGGGAGAAAGACCGGCAUCUUCUGAAAACUACUGUUGAUGAGAAGGAAAGAUUGCAUGAGCAAGCCAAGCAAGGGCUGCAGAGGAAGUUUGAGAAUGCAACCAACGAGGUGAAUGAGUUGAAGACCUUGGUGCAGCAGAAAGAAGAGCAGCUGAAGGUGAACGCUGCCAGGUCGGCGGUAGACGUCUCCAGGCUGCAGGAGCUGCUGACCGAGAGGCAGGAGGCCGAGCGGCAGCUGAAGGGAUCUCUGGAAUCUCGGGAGCAGCAGAGACAGCAGUACGAGGCCCAGCUGAACGACUUGAAAAUGGAGCUCUCCCAAAAGGCUGACGCAGUACCCAAACUGCAGCAGGAGGUGGCAGCACUGAGCGAGCAGCUGACUGCCGGGAAAGAGACCUUGUCUGCACUACGGAAGGAAUACGACACCUGCCAAACCAACCUAGCAAGGCUGCAGUCGGAUAUGUACGGAAAAGAGUCAGAGCUGUCUUCCAUCAGGCACGACCUGAAGGCCAAGGAAGAGAAGUUGGUGCUGGCAGAGGAGGAGCUGGUGAGCAGCAGGAACCAGGUGAGCAGCAGCCAGCAGGCGGUGCAGCAGCUGAAGCAAGCCCAGGCCUCGCUGGAGAAGACCCUGGCCUGCAGCCACGCUGAAGCUGAGGAGACCAAGGGUCGACUGCUGCAGGUGGAGAAGGAAAAGGCUUUAAAAGAAGAGGAAUUAGCAAAAGAAAAACUCCAUAGUGAGGAGCUUGAAGGGGCGAGGACAUCACUGCAGCAGCAGCUGAACAAACUAACAGAAGAGACACGGGCCUGCAAACAAAACUACGAGAAGGAAUUGACGGGGCUCAGGGAGGCGAAGCAGCUGCUGAUCCAGCAGAAACUGGAGGUGCAGGGCAACGUGGACAGCACCAAGCAGAUGUUGGAGCAGGAGCAGAAAGACCACCAGCUCACCAAGGCCAAGGUGGACGAGGCUCAGCAGGACCUGAAGAGACAGCGCACAGAGGCAGAAGCUAAACUGCAACAGGAACUGAAGGAGAAGGAGGAACAGCACAAGAGGCACGAGGAGGCCGAGGUGAAGCAUAACAUGCAGAUUACGGCGCUGAACGAGAACAUGGUCACGCUGAAGAAGGAAUGGCAGAGCAGCCAGCGGCGGGUGAGCGAGCUGGAGAAACAGAUGGAUGACCUGCGGGGCGAGAUUGCUGUGCUGGAAGCUACCGUGCAGCACAACCAGGAGGAGAGGAGAGCCCUGCUGGAAAGGUGCCUGACGAGUGAAGGAGAAAUGGAGAAGCUGCAGGGGAAGGUGCUGGACCUGAGGCGGAAGCUGGAUGACACCACAGCUGCUAUGCAGGAGCUGGGCAGGGAGAACCAGGCACUCCAGAUUAAACACACGCAGGCGCUGAAUAGGAAGUGGACUGAAGAUACCGACGUGAUGAACUGUAUGUCCUGUGGAAAGGGAUUCUCAGUCACUGUACGAAAGCACCACUGUAGAAACUGCGGAAACAUUUUCUGUGCUGACUGUUCUGCCAAGAAUGCCUUGACCCCCUCCUCGAAGAAGCCUGUGCGAGUCUGUGACACGUGUUUCAAUGAACUGCAGGGAUGAGUGGUCCCGAGACAGCGAAUCUACACGCCCUCCUCUUGUAUUCACACACACUUUGUAUUUUUAAUGAAGGCGUGGUAAGCCCUGGCCACGACAGGUAGUUGCUAUCAUUUGGGAGUCUUUUGUACUGCUGGUCCUUGGUUCACUUCCACUGCAUGAGCACAUGGAGUUUAUGAAAUUAGGAGUUCAACAACAAUUAUAGAUCCUGUCUGAUUUAACAGAUGGAAACUGGGCCUGAUCUGUAAUGGGUUGUCGGUCUCCAAAGGUGGAAAUCUUUUAACCCAGUCAGUAGAGCAGAGACCAUGAGCAGGCCAUGAAUACUUGGUGAUUCUUCACUGCACUGAGAAAUCCAAUGUAAAACCGUUUCACAAACUUAGGCCACUUUGCGCAGACAAAGUUUUGGGCAAAGUAGAUACUUUGAUUCUAUGCUCCAUGAUGUCCCAGUAGGGAAUGUUCCCUUUGUGAGCUGAAUAAUGAUGAGGAAUCCUAGUCUGCUCCCUUGUUCAGAGGUGAUAUCUAGCACAUUAGUUGUUCACCCAUGAUGUGAUUUACAGCUGCUUCUUUGCUUCGUUCCUCUGCAACAGAUGUCAACUGGUUUUGAGUGGCACCUAAUCACUUUUGUUACGAUUUUGCUCUUAUUGUUUUGUAAGUAGUCCACAAUUCCAGCUACUUGAGGGAAAUGGUGCCUAUUUCAUUCCUGCUGGACACUAUGCAUCGGGACAGGUUGUAGAUGAACACUUGCAGUACCAUUUAACUGGCUGGGGUUAGCUCUUUGCUGGGUCUGACUCACUGGGUGUCUGUGGCUAGACAGAGACAGCCGCUGUUCACAGAGCUAUAGCACAGGAGACACCCAUCUCUCUCCUCAACCUGCCCCCCAAAACACUGGAAUUCAGCUCUUUAUAGCACUGUCACCAUUUCAAGUCCAAUCCCUUUGUCUGUGUCCCAUGGCCUCGUGUUACAGUAUUAAAUGCUGCCUGAAACUGAAUACGUGCUGCUUUCUCUGGGCUUUUCUCCUGAGAUUCACGCAAGAGCCAAUACUGAUUGAUUAAAACCAUUAUCCAAAUGCUAAUACUUUAUAUUUUCCUUACUUCAGUUGUAAGUCAUAUAUUAGUAUGCACAGUUGUUUAAUUAUUUCCGUGUACGAGCCCUGCUACCUUCAAAGCCUUCCAAUUAAAAUUUAAUUUUUUAGAAGUUAAAGUUUUAAUAGGACUUGAUCAGUGCACCUUGCCAAAAGAAAUCUCUGUUAAAUCCGCGAGACCUUCCCACAAGGGUAAGAGUCGUGUUGCUGUACACAGACAUUGCAAUAUCCAGUUUGGUUCAGUUGACCGUCCCUCUGUCACAAAGCUCUCCUGUGAGUAGCUGAGUAAUCUGCAGAGAGACUGAUCACACUGACACUGGAUGCUGAUCAGCAGGGAGCUGUGAUACCUGCAUGAAAUAUCCAUUACAGAAACCAGUAGCUUUCAAGCUUGUUUUAAACAAAAUGAUGUGAAUAAUAAGCAAUUGUGUACAAAGACUGUAUUAACUUCAGUACUAUCAUGUCAACUUGUGUAUAGUAAAUUCAAAGGUUUAAUUCUCACUAUUGGAUGAAGAUCAUGUAAUCUGUUUAUAGUAAAAAUGUUAAUUUGAGCAGUGCCACUUCACAAUUAAA